UUUAACCUUUCACCUCUCUCCCCUUCUUUUUCACCAAACUUGUAUUUGGAAUCGGAGAAGAAUGUCCACCAACAACAGUUCUUCCUUGUCACGAAGCCUCUCUGUGUAUGCUGCCAUCCACCCCUCCGAGAACCCAACUUGUAAAUUUGUCUCAGGCCAUUGAUGUAGAAUCCCCACACCUGGAAACUCCUCGACAGAGAUACCCCACACCCAAAAGCAAGUCAGCCAUUACCGAUGAAGAAAACCCACACCCGAAAAACUCCUCGACAGAGAUUACUACCUGGUUCUGCCACUAAUCCCUACCAUCGCCUCGGCAGUGGCAACUAGAAAACCCCUGCAACCCAUGUCAACCUUCGAUUCCUACAUGGCUUUGAUGUGGUGGUGCUUCUGACGGCUCUGUUUUUCAUGGGUUUCUUUUCCGUCUACAUCCGCCACUUCGCGGGGGAGAACGCAUUGGAAAAAAAAUUCUCAGAGGAACCGAAUUGUUCCUGUACCCCUCUUCUGUAGCAGGCUUCACUAGAUCACCAUUGAGCUCCUUGGACUCCUCUGUUCCUACAGAUUGUACCGGGUUGUUCUUGGACUCCUCUUUUGUCGCAGGUUUUACCAGGUAAUCAGUAGGUUCCUGUGUUCCUACAGAUGGUAGCAAAAUGUUCUUCGACUCCUCGAUGUCUGCGAGUUUCCCAAUGUCAAUAUGGGCUCCACCUCGAGAAGAUGUUCUACCGAAUCGCUCGUCGGCUCCUCUUCGAUUGAAGAUUUCACCUCAACAUUCUUAACAUUGUUUCCUCUUAUGCCGCAAGACCCAGAUCACGGACUAGAGAUCUUAGACCUUGUGCAUUAAAUUAGUUGGUCUGGAUCACUGGUUGUAAAUGCACAAGAGAAGAAUAGAUCACCAGUUGUAAAUGUAGCUGAAAAAACAACUUGUAAAUUAGGGCAACCGGUGAUCUGUUCCCAACUAUUGUAAAUGCACACUGUGAACAGAUCACCGAUUUAAUGCACACUGUGAUCUUGUCUGAUUUGAAAGAGAAGAGAACAACCGGUAAAUUAGGGCAACCAAAUAAACACUGUGAGCCAUCUUCCCAACUGUUGUAAAUGCACAAGAGAAGAACCAACCUCCGGCCAGUUCAAUAUUUAACAUUCAUCGUGAAGUCUGAUAUCUCUCUUCUUCCUGGGCGACGGCGGCGGCACUGCCUUGUAACUCCACCCGCUGCUCUAUAACUCUACCCAGCAGCGACAACAUCUGAACUCUAAAAGGGCAGAGAUGCAGUCAAAGCUUUUCCCGCGUCUUCGAAUGUUUCUACCCUUAGCUGUAUUGAUCUUUCCAGUCCUGACAUUCAGAAUUCCGUUUCUUUGCUGAAGCAGGCAUGCCUGGACUCUGGAUUUUUCUAUAUAAUCAACCAUGGAAUCAGCCAGGAGUUUAUGGAUGAAGUUUUUGCACAGAGCAAAAGGCUUUUUCACCUACCAUUGGAAGAGAAAAUGAAACUUCUGAGAAAUGAAAAACAUCGAGGCUAUAGUCCUGUUUUAGAUGAGCUUUUGGAUCCUGUUAAUCAAAUAAACGGAGAUUACAAAGAGGGAUAUUAUAUUGGAGUUGAAGUAGCUGAAGAUGAUCAAGAAACUGAAAAACCAUUUUAUGGGCCCAAUAUAUGGCCUUCCACAGAUUUAUUACCUGGAUGGAGGCAAAUUAUGGAGACAUAUCACCAAGAGGCACUUAGGGUAGCAAAAGCUGUUGCAAGGAUCAUAGCUCUUGCACUUGAUCUAGAUGCUGAGUUCUUUGAUAAACCAGAAAUGCUUGGCAAGCCAAUUGCAACUUUGCGCCUGUUACACUAUGAAGGUGUAAGACAAAUUACAGGUUGUAUUCCAUUAUGGAUCUGUUACCCUCUUGUGCUUGAUAUAAAUGCUUUUAUGAUGGGUGUCUUGUUUUCUGUAGGUAGGGUUUCCAAUCCUGCAAAGGGAAUAUAUGGAGCUGGUGCACAUUCUGAUUAUGGUUUGAUCACCCUCCUGGCAACAGAUGACACCCCAGGUCUUCAAAUAUGCAAGGAUAAGGACACUAACCCUCAGAUAUGGGAAGAUGUGGCACCACUAAAAGGAGCUUUUAUUGUGAACCUUGGUGACAUGUUAGAGCGUUGGAGCAAUUGCGUUUUUAGGUCUACGUUGCACAGAGUUUUGGUGAAUGGUGGAGAGAGAUAUUCUAUUGCAUUCUUUGUGGAACCUAGCCAUGAGUGUCUUGUGGAGUGCUUGCCAUCAUGCAAAUCAGAAACAAACCCACCCAAGUUUCCCCCAGUAAAAUGUGGUGUUUAUCUGAGCCAGCGAUACAAGGACACGCACGUUGACCUAAGCUCCUACCGAAGUCAUCAGAACUAGUCGAAGAAAAGAUCUGGAGGGGGUGAUAACUGUCAAUCUUAAUGUAAAAAGAGUGAUAAAUUUGAUAAAAGGAAGAUUGUGCCAUUUUCACGAUCGUGGUUUUGUGUUGUUGGCAGAGUUUGGCUGACAACAUGCUUUAUAGAAGCUGAAACCUUUUGAGUUAUGGUUUGGAUCCACAGUGUUCUCAUUUUUUUUA